AUGUAUCCGCUCUCACUUCUGCCUCAGUUGGCUCCGGUCCAACACCUCCUGGACAGUUACUACUCUGAGUACUACUCUGAGUACUACUCUGAGUACUACUCUGAGUACUUCUCUGAGUACUUCUCUGAGUACUUCUCUGAGUACUACUCUGAGUACUUCUCUGAGUACUUCUCUGAGUACUACUCUGAGUACUUCUCUGAGUACUACUCUGAGUACUUCUCUGAGUACCCGCUGGCGUGGCAGUCAGAGCACCAGCUCCUCACUGCUCCUCCUGCUCCUCACUGCUCCUCCUGCUCCUCACUGAUCCUCCUGCCCCUCACUGCUCCUCCUGCUCCUCACUGCUCCUCCUGCUCCUCACUGCUCCUCCUGCUCCUCACUGAUCCUCCUGCCCCUCACUGCUCCUCCUGCUCCUCCUGCUCCUCACUGCUCCUCCUGCUCCUCACUGCUCCUCCUGCUCCUCACUGCUCCUCCUGCUCCUCACUGCUCCUCCUGCUCCUCCUGCUCCUCACUGCUCCUCCUGCUCCUCCUGCUCCUCACUGCUCCUCCUGCUCCUCCCUGCUCCUCACUGCUCCUCCUGCUCCUCCUGCUCCUCACUGCUCCUCACUGCUCCUCCUGCUCCUCACUGCUCCUUCUGCUCCUCCUGCUCCUCACUGCUCCUCCUGA